AAAACUUACUCUUGGAAUAGAUGGAUACUGAGAAUGCUAACACUGGUAGCCAAACUGAAGAACAAUGUAGCUUCUUAACCUUGAGUAACCGUUCCCGUUUACCGGGAAAACUCCCGUUUCUACCGGAUAGAAAGAAGAGAAUGUUGCCAACUCUAUGGAAGAGAUUAUUUGCAUGGAUUUCAAGGAAACCUUUGGAUGAUGGAGAAGAGAACAAAUACUCUUCUUAUUGGAAGUAUAUUGAAUGGGUUCUUGUGGCUGCAAUCACUGCCGUGAUAUUCACAACCAUUUCGGUUCGUUCCUUGCGCGGCAAGCUAGUUUUGGGAAUGUCUUUGUUGAAGUCCGAGGUGUUUCUACUAAUGGCAAUAGGUUGUAGACUUGUUAGUGCAGUUGUGGUUGGAAUCAUUGUUAGAGUUCUCCACAAGCUGUUUCGAUACUCUGAUGGAUUUCUCUAUGUUGUGUACAAAGUACAAGGUAUUUUCAAAUGGACUGUUAUUGCAUGGAUCCUUUUAGCAGCAUGGGAGAUUAUCUAUGGGGAGCUACAGGGGAUUUUGGAUAGUAAGGUGAUGACAAUGAUUGAGAAGGUUUUGAUAGAUGGCGGGAUAGUUCUCUCUCUGUGGUUUGUGAAGUCUAUCUUGGUGAUGUCGUUGGCUUCUUGGUUUUACAUGCAUACAUAUUAUGAGAAGGUAUCAGAUUCUCUGUUUUAUAGAUAUGUGGUUGAAGCUCUCAUGGGUCUUCCACUAAUUGAAUACAGAAGAUACUUGCCUAUCGAGACAAGUGAAGCUUUAAGAGAUCUACAUAAGCUUAAUCCAAAAGAUUUAUCAUCAUGGCAUAUGAAGCAAAUGAUGAUUGAGAAAAAGGAAGGCAUAGCACUUAGAAUAAAAACCGAAGAUGAAGCAAAAAGAGAGGCUGAAAGGAUCUUUCAAAAUGUGGCAAAACCAUCAUCUCAGUUCAUUGAUUUGGAAGAUCUCAAACGAUUUCUUCCAACAGAUGAAGCUCUAAAGACAUUGAACAUCUUCCGAUCAACCUAUGAAGACGAUGUAAACAUCCAAAUCAGCUUGGUAUUUCUACAAGAAUGGAUGGUGCACUCUUUCAAACGAGAUAGGUCCCUUCUCUUGUCGCUGAGAGACAUGGACAAUGCGUCCAAGAUAAUUGGGACCAUCUUCAACAUAUUGUUUGGGGGUUUGCUAGUAGCAAUCUCCAUCCCACUACUGGAAUUAGGCGGAGUAAAAUAUUUGGCGUCCAUAGGCACAAGCGCCUUCAUAUUAACAUUUUUGUUUGGGCAGACUUGGAAGGAUCAUUACUCCGCGAUACAAUUACUCUACAUCAGACAUCCUUUUGAUGUCGGCGACGAGGUUGAAAUCGAAGAAAAGGAGAUGGUUGUGGAGAAACUGAAUGUGCUAUCCACAGAUUUCGUAGGACGAGACAACAAAAAGAGGACAAUGGGAAAUGCCGGUAUAUGCGAUAAGCUGGUGACUAAUAAUACCCGCAGUGAACUCCCAGCUUGGACAACAGAGAACUUAGUUUGAGUUUGUAUGAAAUCACUUUUCAGUUCUUGCUUCCUUAGUGGAUUGUUCGGUAGAAGUCUAUUUCAGUUUGAACUUACUUUGUUUGUAGCAGAUGGAUGCUUUGUAAUGGUUUCAAGAUGAAUGCUUUGUAAUGGUUUUUGUUAGUGUUCUUUUCUUAUCACCCUUUCUACCAUAGAGCUGUUAGACUGUGUAUA